GGUGUAACUGGUUGAACGAGUGCUCCGGAGUCUGCCGCCCACGUUAAUGCUGCCCAGCCGCGGGAGAGCUGAGAGUCCGUAGCAGCCACGGUGAGCGUGUGGGCAGAAGCUGCAGCCCGCAGGCACCGCUCACCGAUGGGGACCGCCAGGGGCCGUGGCCUGGUCAUUCGGUGGGGUCGACCUGGCCCCUCUAGGGUAGAGCAUCAUUACUGCCCAGGCCAGAGGCGCACCGGCUGCAUGAAACAUGGGAGGAAAGGGAUGGUGUUGGCCGUGCUGCUGCUGGUGCUGAUCCUGGCCAUAUCGUUGGGCUUGUACUUUGGCCUGAGGCCUGAUGAAUCGCGGGUCCAUUCAUACGCCAAUGCGGCCGUUGCUGCCGACGCGACCGUGUGCUCGGUGAUCGGCAGGGACCUUCUACUGCAGGGAGCAUCAGCUGUGGACGCUGCCAUCGGUAGCCUGCUGUGUGACGGGCUGGUUAACGCACACAGUAUGGGCAUUGGGGGAGGCUUCUUCAUGACCAUCUACAAUGCACAGACAGGAAAAGUAGACGUAAUUAAUUCCAGAGAAGUGGCCCCAGAAAAUGCAUCGAGAGAUAUGUUUGUUAACGAGACUGAUGACCUGUCUCGUAAAGGGGGGUUAUCGGUUGCCGUUCCCGGUGAAAUCAGAGGAUUCCAACUCGCUCAUCAACAGCACGGGAAGUUACCUUGGAAACAGUUAUUUGCUCCAAGUAUCAAACUUGCCAAAGAAGGAUUUCCACUUGGCCGCGCUCUGGCCAAUGCCAUAAAACAAUAUAAGGUGGACAUUGAGAAAAACGCAUCGUUAUGUGAGGUGUUUUGUAACUCCAAUGGCACCAUCCUCCACGAACACGACAUCAUCAAGUUCCCUAAACUAGCCCGAACCUACCAGAUCCUGGCGGAUGAAGGAGCCGAUGCGUUUUACAAUGGAUCCUUGUCCCAGCAGAUUGUGGAUGACAUCAGGAACGCAGGUGGCAUUGUAACACUUGAUGACCUGAGGAACUACACGCCUCGACUGUCCGAGAAUCCAGUCAACCUGUCGCUGGGCGAUUACAGGCUGCUGGUGCCCAACGCUCCGUCUAGUGGGCUGGUGCUCGGCUUGAUUCUCAACAUCCUGAAGGGUUACAACUUCACUUCAGACAGUGUCUCCACGGUGGAACGGAAAGCCCUGACUUAUCACCGAAUUAUCGAAGCGUUUAAGUUUGCGUACGCUAAGAGGAGCAUGUUGGGAGACCCUCGAUUUGUCAACAUCACUCGGCUUAUCGCCAAUAUGACCUCGGACCACUUUGCAGCGAGGCUUUUGGCCAAGAUCACAGACAACACAACGCACUCCAUCAGUUACUACGAACCCGAGUUCUACACGGGUGACAACCACGGCACCGCACACAUCUCCCUGGUGGCCGAGGACGGAAGUGCGGUGUCAGUAACCAGCACCAUUAACCAGUACUUUGGAUCAAAUGUGAGGUCGUUUGCCAACGGCAUCAUCUUCAAUGAUGAAAUGGAUGACUUCUCUUCCCCGGGCAUUCUGAAUGGUUUUGACGUUCCACCUUCCAAAGCCAACUUCAUCGCACCAGGCAAGACACCCCUGUCCUCUAUGUGCCCUGCUAUAAUCCUCAAUAAAGACAACUCUGUGAAGAUGGUAGUGGGAGCCUCUGGAGGGACUAAGAUCACCACGGCAACGGCUCUGGUGAUAAUAAACACACUGUGGUUUAAUUACAAUGUGAAGCAAGCUGUGACUGAACCAAGAUUUCACAAUCAACUUUUCCCCAACGUGACAAUGGUUGAGAAGGCAAUGGAGGAGGGUGUAAAGCUGGGCUUGAUAAAGAGGCAUCACACGCUGGAGGAGGUGACCAAGCCCACGUCAGGAGGUGUGGUCCAGGCCAUAGUUCGCAGCAGAGGGAGGUGGACAGCUGAGUCCGACUAUCGAAAAGGAGGAAAGCCUGCAGGUUACUGAGGAGCCUGUACAUUCGCCCAACCCUGAUCGGCUGGUCCCUGCAAUCUGCACACAGGUGGAGGAGUGAGAUGGGCAGGAGCCCCCUACAUCAAUCCAAUCAGCACCUACGUCCUUCAAUCCAGCAUCCACAUUAGCCCGGCUUGUCCAGACCCGUCCAGCUGAAGCACCAACGUCGCUUGCAAAUAUUACUGCUGCUGCAGCGCUGGAGAUACCUUGAGCUGGGGAGGGAAUAAGCCUCAGGAAUAUAAAACGUGCCUUCAGUUCUCAUGGCCAAACACAGCGGGGUGAACAUCUUGUUGCUGGCUGCCUUUAACGGGACUGUGUUUGAAUCAUGCCCGACUUUCCAAACCCAUUCCAUUCUAUAGGGUGAUUUCACGAAAGGUCACUGGAGCGUAGAUCCGCACCCACGU